AGAGCCCGGCUGGCGCCGGCGGCUGGUCCAACCCCAAGGGCCCCGUCACUGGGCGUCAUUGGCUCAGGCAUCAGGGCCCUCAUCACUCUCUCCCGCCUGGGUCCGGACGGGCAGCGGCGGCGGCGGUGCAGUCGUCAGGGGGCGGAGCCGGCCUGGGCGCCCUUUGUCUGUGGAGGCGGCUGCUCAACCUGAAACUGCUCAACCAGGAGGCAGAUUUGAAUAUCAUAGUGAAGUCUGUACAUGAAGGAUUGAUGCCUUUAGGGAGAAAAACGAAUGUAAUAGCUACUUUCAGGAACCUCUGCAUCUCAACUCUGCAUGAACAAGGCAAGAUUCUGAGAGUGGCUGCUCCUGGGAAGCAGAAGUCAUUAUCAUGGAUAUCCACUGGCUCCUGACCCUCUCAUGAGUUGAGGCACCUUUAAUGCCUGGGAGUGGCUGUUUCCUAUAAGGCACUGGGACAAAUCACCUUCAGGGACUGACAAGGAUACUGAAGCUGCUAGUACUGGUGUAUCUCCUGACUGUCAUACUAGAAGAGAACAAGGCUUUGGGGACAUUACAACUUAAGAACUGCAAAGAGGUGUAGUGAUCCUGGUGGAGGACUGAAUCCAGUAAUGCCUUCUCAGAAUGCUGUACUUUCCCAGGAGGGAAACAUGGAGAAGGAAAUGAAUGUUGGAUCACAGAUAGAGCGGUCUCAGGAAUCACUGACAUUCCAGGACGUGGCUGUGGAAUUCACCAGAGAGGAGUGGGUCCAGCUAUACCCUGCUCAGAAGAACCUCUACCGAGACGUGAUGCUGGAGAACUAUAGGAACCUGGUUGCACUGGGGCAUCAACUUUAUAAGCCAGAAGUGAUCACUCAGUUGGAACAGGAGGAGCAGUGGAUGAUGGAGAGAGACAGCCCACCAGACACUCAUCCAGAUGGGGAGAAUAGUCCAGAAAUAAAAAAAUCAAACCAGAAUAUUUCUGAUGAAAAUAAAACCUGUGACAUGCUAAUGGAGAGAUUAACAGGAGACAGUUUCUGGUACUCCAUCUUAGGUGGACUCUGGGAUUUUGAUUACCGAUUAGAAUCUAACCAAGAAAACCAGCAGAGACAUUUAGGACAAGUAUCUUUCACCCACAAAAAGAUCACACAGGAGAGAAGCCUUGAAUGUAAUAGAUUUGGGGAAAACUAUAAUCUGAACUCAAACCUUGUUAUGCAUCAGAGAAUUCCUUCAAUUAAAAUACCCGUUAAUUCUGACACACAAGGAAAUAGCAUCAAGCAUAAUUCAGACUUCACUUACUAUCAGGGAAACUAUGUAAGAGAGAAUCCUUAUGAAUAUAAUGAGUGUGGAAAAAUCUUCAAUCAACAUAUUCUUCUUACUACUCAUAUUCAUACUGAGGGGAAACCCAGUGAAUGUGGGAAGGCCUUCAGCCAAAACUCAUCUCUUACUCAACCUCAGAUAGUACUCACAGGAGAGAAGCCCUAUAAGUGUGAUGAAUGUGGGAAAAGAUUCAGUCAGAGGAUACAUCUUAUUCAACAUCAGAGAAUUCACACAGGAGAAAAACCUUUUAUAUGCAAUGAAUGUGGGAAAGCCUUCCGUCAACAUUCAUCCUUUACUCAACAUCUGAGAAUUCAUACUGGAGAGAAGCCCUAUAAAUGUAAUCAGUGUGGUAAAGCUUUUAGCCGUAUCACGUCCCUUACGGAACAUCAUAGACUUCAUACUGGAGAGAAACCUUAUGAAUGUAGUUUUUGUGGGAAAGCCUUCAGCCAAAGGACACAUCUUAAUCAGCAUGAGAGAACUCAUACAGGAGAGAAACCCUAUAAAUGUAAUGAAUGUGAAAAAGCCUUCAGCCAGAGUGCACACCUUAAUCAACAUAGGAAAAUCCAUACUCGGAAGAAAUUAUGUGAAUAUAAUAAAUGUGAGAAAACCUUAAGCCACAGUCCUUCACUUACUCCUCAGCACAUAACUCAGAAUUUUUAGCUUUGUCCUGGUGGGGGUGGGGGUGGGGUAAGGGACUCAUAUGAAUAUAUAAAUGUAGGAAAAUUUUGGUCAGACCUUUUCAUCCCAUGCAAUAUCAUAUUAUUCAUAGUGGGGAGAAAGGUUAUAGAUAAACUUUUAAUGUGUAGAAGCCAAAUAAAUUUAGACCUUAAACUAGUAGCAUAUUAUAUUCCCAGGAGAGGUUAUAAAUAGUGAAAGUAAUUUAUUUUAUAAACAAGAUUAUAUGAGGAGUCAUGUUCUAAAACUUUUCUUAAUGACCAGAAAUCCUGUAGGCAAUAACCUAUGAUUAUUCCCCUGUGAUUUUUAUAGCAUAAAGUUUUUAAAUUAUAUAAACAUUGAUUAAUCAAGGCAAUGAUAUAGUAUAACCAGUCACAUAAACUUGAAAUAAACAGAAAAGAGCAAUAUUUCUUAAACUU